AUGUCCAUCGUAAUUGGAGUACUGGCACUACAAGGUGCGUUUAUAGAACACAUACGACACGUGGAAAAAUGUAUAGACGAAAACAAAGAUCAAUAUAACGCAGAAUUAUCGGUGAUUGCGGUGAGAGAUAACAACCAGCUAUCAAAAUGUGACGCAUUGAUCAUACCUGGUGGAGAGUCUACCGCAAUGUCUCUUAUCGCUCAAAGAACAGGGUUCUACAACGAUCUUCACACGUUUGUGCACAACCCAAACAAGGUGAUCUGGGGCACGUGCGCAGGACUGAUAUAUCUUUCUCAACAGUUAUCCAAUGAAGCUGACUUGGUCCAGACGUUGAACCUGCUGAAAGUUAGAGUGAAAAGAAAUGCCUUUGGAAGACAAGCCCAGUCUUCCUCUCGGAUCUGUGACUUUUCAGGCUUUAUUCCAAACUGUCACGACUUCCCUGCAACGUUUAUACGGGCGCCUGUGAUAGAAGAAGUGCUGGAUCCAGAGAACGUCCAGGUCCUAUACAAACUGGACGGAAAAGAUAACAGUGACCAAGAGCUCAUUGUUGCGGCAAAGCAAAAUGACAAUGUUCUUGCCACAUCAUUUCAUCCGGAACUAGCAGAGACCGAUACGCGAUUUCACGAUUGGUUCAUUAGAGAGUUUGUAUUGAGAAAGCUGCAAUAA